AAACAUAGGCAACGAGGGGAGUAUGCAUACCAACCCUACGAACGACGAGCGGUCAACGAGCAUGCGGGUACACCCAAAGAGUCGCCACAUACAGGACCUUCCCCAGAAGCGCCCAAUGUCCUAGUCCAGUCUACUACAUCGGGAUUUGGAAAGUAUACGAACAAGAAUUCGGUCGAUAGCCAUCUAUCUAGUCUUUCCAAGGACAUCAUAUUGAAGUCCCUCAAUGGCUUCACGGGUAAAUAUCCCGAGUUUGCAAUACUAAAUCACUCGGCUUUCAUCAAAGAAUUCCAAUCACCGAUUUCCGACGAAAGCAAAAUAUUACUUGCUGUGAUCUUGGCAUCGUCUAGGGUUCAAUUUACCCUUCUCGGCCUUCCUUGGGAAGAUUCCUUGCUUCCGAGAGAACAUUAUGUCUCGUAUGCCCGGGAGAUGCUGUCUGAAUGGUCUUUCAAGGCCCCCAAAGUUCAAGUGGCACAAGCCUCACUUAUAAUGAGUUUAUAUGAAUGGGGCUCUCGAGAAUUUCACCGCGCAUGGAUCUACUGUGGAAUUGCAAUCCGAAUUAUACAGGCUUUAAACAGCCUCAGGGUUUCACCAUAUCCUCUUGACCCUACUCCGCCAAGCCAGCGAGAUGCUGUUUCAGUUGCGGUCGAGAACAGGACCUUCUGGGCCUGCUUCAUCAUGGACCGAAUGGUUAGUUCAGGAACAUAUAACCCACCCAUGUUACCCAUGUCAGAAAUGGAAAAACUUAAAGUUUCAUGUCCGCUGAGUGCCGUGGAUUUCGUGUUUGGACCUGAUCUCUCGUCUGAGCGAACAAAUCUUGAACAAGAUUUUACAACUGCACAGGCUGCGCAGACUGCACCCCUAGAUGUCACGCAGUCUUUCAAGGUUCUGGUUUCUGGCUUCGAUAUAUGGGCACAUAUCAUGACCUUCAUUUUCAACGAUGGUCGGCGAGCACCGGGGAUGUGUGCACUGCAGAAUUGUCCUUGGGCGCCAGGAUCGCCGUGGUCAAAAACCAUGCAGCAUUUAAGAGAAUGGAGAGCUACGCAACACCAUCGACUCCAUUAUCCAGAGAACAGUGUCUUGGCUCACACCACUCUAGGCUGGGGAGAAUCGUUUACUUAUAUUAAUCUGCUCUAUUAUACAUCCACACUUAUGCUCCAUCGUGAAUAUUUCCCCUUUUUACCUACUGCUGGAUCCAUUCCCAGAGGGCCGAUCGACCAACCCACCCUGGAAGCGGAAGCACCCGAAGGCUGGUGGGAUGAAAGUGCCCUUGUACUUUUUGGAACAGCCGAGAAAAUUGCUAAGCUAUUGCACGAUGCAUCUGAGUGCGGGGCAGAGAUGUUAACACCUUUCGUGGGAUUCUGUGCCUUCUCUGCGGCUUAUAUGAAUCUCUACGCCUUUCGAUUCCCCCAAAUGAAUCUCGGCCGCAGUCCAAAUGCAGAAACCAAUCUAAAUUAUUGUCUUGCCUACCUGGAGAAGUUCCGACAUGUGUGGAAGCUUGGUGAAAGCUGGAUAACAACCAUUAACCAUGCAUCAAUUUUAUAUCAACGAGCUGCCUCUGACAAAUCACGAUAUCAAGGCAAGACAAGAACGGAUUUCAAUAACUUGCACCAAUCUUUGCAUGAAUUUCGGGUGCCUGACAGGUCUGAUCAGCACCUUCAGGAAAUUGAGGGUGCAGAGAGACCAACAGUGCCGUCAUCGCCUUAUAACCCCGUACCAGCAGCUGAUAUAGAGUCUGACAUAGUAGAUCUGGAUAUGCCACUUAACAACUUACUCAGCGAGGUUAAUGCGUAUGCUCAUGAGCAAGGCAUGUGGUCGCACUGGUGGCCUCCACUUGAAGAAGUCAACCUCGCACCUUUUCAUGAUCCGCAGACAUGA